AUGAGGCCAGCAUUGUCAUGUUCUCUCAUCAGGCGCUUUCGAUCCGCAGUUCCGAUACCCAUCCAGCGCAGGCAUCUUUUGACGCUCGCAAUUGAGACGUCGUGCGACGAUACCAGUGUUGCUGUGCUCGAGAAACAUGGCAACGGCUCGGCCACCCUCCAUUUCCAUUCGAAGAUAACUUCCGACAACCGAUCAUAUGGUGGAGUAUAUCCCAUCGUGGCCCACGAGUCGCACCAGAAGAAUCUUGCCGCCCUCGUGAACGACGCCUUGCAGAGUCUUCCCUUGGCCAAAGAUGAACAGUUAAGAUCGGAUAAUACUGUGGCCGUCACAGGUGACAAGGGCAGAUCCGUUCGGAAGAAGCCAGACUUUAUUACAGCGACUCGAGGUCCAGGCAUGCGAGCUUCUUUGAUAACUGGCACGGAUACUGCGAAGGGACUUGCAGUGGGAUGGCAGGUGCCUUUCUUGGGGGUCAACCAUAUGCAAGCUCACGCUCUUACCCCUCGACUCAUUGCAGCAAUCGAUACACCAGAUCUGGGCAAUGCUAGAUCACUGGAAACCAACCCCGGGUUUCCAUUCCUCACACUGCUGGUUUCAGGCGGACAUACCAUGCUUGUCCACUCGAAGGGCCUUUGUGUACACCAUAUCCUUGCCGACACUACCGAUAUCGCCAUCGGGGACAUGAUCGAUAAGUGUGCCCGUGAUAUCCUCCCUCCCUCGCUGUUGCAAACUGCGCCUGAUGUAAUGUAUGGGCCAUUACUCGAGAAGUUCGCCUUUCCAAGCAGAGUACCGGAAAAUAGCCAUCAGGUUGGGAAGGCUGCUGAUUCCUCACGGAGUGAUGGCGGACGAAUAAUUUCAAAAGCUAUCCGAGAUUGGAAAAUCAGCACGCCUUACGCAAGAUCAGGCUCCGAAGGAGCACUGUCGCAUGCCGAUUCUUUCUCCUUCUCGGGCAUUGGAAGUGCUGCGAAACGGGUUGUGGAACAGAAGCCCGAUAUUGGGGAGAUAGAGCGACGACAGCUGGCUCAGGAGGUAAUGAGAGUAGCUUUUGAACAUCUUGCCUCUCGUGUACUUCUUGCUCUUGGUGGUCCAGAGGCUAAGGAUACCAAUACGUUAGUUGUUUCAGGGGGCGUGGCGAGCAAUCAGUACCUUAAACGUGUCCUGAGGGGCUCUUUGGAUGAAAAGGGACAUAGGAAGCUCAGGUUGAUCUUUCCCCCGCCAAGGUACUGUACAGAUAAUGCGGCCAUGAUUGCCUGGACUGGGAUAGAGAUGUAUGAGGCUGGAUGGCGGACCGACCUCAGUGCUAUGGCUGUUAGGAAAUGGGCCAUUGAUCCAAAAGCAGAAGAUGGCGGCAUCCUAGGGAUUGGUGGCUGGAGAAAUGUCGCCCCUCUAUAA